AUUUUUAAUACAUAAAAAUAUGUAAAUUUAAAAAAUUAAAUAUAUGAAUAAAAUGAACAGGUAUAUAAUUGUUCUGUUAAUUUAUUUUCCAUAUCAAAAUGUUAUCGGUCAGAUUCCUCCAAUUUUCGGCUCACAAAAUCCAAAUUCUCAACAAGCACCAGUGUUUGGAUCUCAAAAUAUAAACGAUUUAUCGUCCCUUAUUGGCAGUGAUGGUAGACAACUCCUGAGUCCAAGCAAUCAAUGUUACUGUGCGUUAACAUCAGCAUGCACUGGAAUAACUUUAUUACCAGGAAGAUUCAACUUUAAUAAUCGAAUUAUAAAUACAGGUCCAAUAAGUGCUGAAUCAUGUCCAACUAAUUAUGUACUUUGUUGUUCGGGAGUACCACAGCCAACGAAUCCUGUAUGUGGUAGAAGGAAAGUAGCCUUAACAAGUACAGUGGCAGAUGUAGCUCCAUAUGGAGCUUAUCCAUGGCAUGCUGCAAUAUUUCAUCGUCUAAGUGACCAGUACAUUGGCGCAGCAGUUGUUAUUACUUCAACUUACCUAAUAACAGUUGCACACAGAGUAUACGAUCUAAAUAAUAAUUUCAGAAUAAGACUAGGUCUAUGGUCGUUGUCAGUUAACACUUAUCCAUACUUUGAAGCAUUUCCUGUAUUCUCACAAGUGCAUGGAAACUUUAAUCUUAACACUCUCCAAAAUGACUUUGCUGUUAUUCAAAUUGAUAGACCAAUACCAUUUGCUAAUUAUGUUAGUGUUAAUACUGCCUGCCUUCCAACUUCUGUUCCAGCUCCUGGCACAAGAUGUUGGACUGCUGGAUGGGGAGUAAGUUCCUUUAACAAUGGCCAAUAUCAAAAUCUACUUAAACAAGUUGAAGUUUCAAUUCUUGCACCUGCAAUGUGUCAACUAAGAUUACGAAAUAGCAGACUUGGUGUUUUUUUUAACUUUGAUGCUGCAAGCUUCAUAUGUGCCGGAGGCGAACCUGGCAGAGAUGCUUGCACUGGAGAUGGUGGUGGAGCCCUUGUCUGUGAAGUAGCUACAAAUCAGUUUCAAGUCGUGGGAUUAACAUCGUGGGGAGUUGGCUGUGGACAAACACUACUUCCAGGCUUGUAUGCUGUGGUUGUUAAUACUCACAGUAUGGUAUACAUCAAGUGAAAUUUUAUUCUGGGAAAAUAAAAUAGAAACGAGAACAGUUAGUGUACACGUUAGUGUAGUGUUAAGAGUCAGAUUCCACCAAUUUUUGGAUCACAAAAUCCUAAUUCUCAAGGACCACCAGUGUUUGGAUCUCAAAAUAUAAACGA